AUGGAGGUGCUAUUUGGAAGCAACAACCAUGGCGGAGACAAGGCCGCUGAUUUGGCCACGCUUAUAAUUGCCCAGGCUGCCUUGAAGGUGCCAAGGUUACUUGGGCUCCUUGCCAUGGGUUAUGGGAGAAGGGAGGCAGCAGGCGUGGGGAGUCUGGGAGUUAUUCAACAAGCUGUUGGUGGGCUGGGACGUAUCGGACCGGCGUAUCAGACGAGCCCAACAUAUCAGUAA